GGUGCCGCGGAGCUCGGGAACCCGCCGCCUCGGUCCUUGGUCCCCGCGCUCGGUCCUCGUUCCUCGCUCGCGCGCUCCGUGGCUGCGGCACCAGCUGGGACGGAGGCUGCGGCGGGACGCGCUCCAUGCGGCCGCUCACCAUGUCCGGGCACUUUCUGCUCGCGCCCAUCCCCGAGUCCUCCCCCUCCGACUACCCCCUGCCCAAGGACAUCAAACUGGCUGUGCUGGGCGCCGGGCGCGUGGGCAAGAGCGCAAUGAUUGUGCGCUUCCUGACCAAGAGGUUCAUCGGCGACUACGAGCCCAAUACAGGCAAGUUGUACUCGCGGCUUGUGUACGUGGAGGGAGACCAGCUGUCCCUGCAAAUCCAGGACACCCCGGGGACCUUCCAGGGCCACGAUAACCUCCCUCAGGGAAUGGACUCACUGUCCAAGUAUGUGCAGUGGGCAGAGGGCUUUCUGCUGGUCUAUUCUAUCACAGACUAUAACAGCUACCAGUCCAUCCGGCCCCUUUACCAACACAUUCGGAAGGUCCACCCGGACUCCAGAGCCCCGGUCAUCAUCGUGGGCAACAAGGGUGACCUUCUGCAUGCCCGCCAGGUGCAGACGUAUGAAGGCAUUCAAUUGGCCAACGACCUGGGCAGCCUGUUCCUGGAAAUUUCCACCAGCGAGAACUAUGAGGAUGUCUGCGAUGUGUUUCAGCAUCUCUGCAAAGAAGUGAGCAAGCUGCACAGCCUCGCCUCUGAGAGGAGGAGAGCCUCCAUUCUUCCCCGGCCGCGCUCCCCCAACAUGCAGGAUCUGAAGCGGCGCUUCAAGCAGGCUCUGACGUCCAAAAGCAAAACUCCGCCCACCCUGGGCUGAGCGCGCCUUGGUCCCUCAGACUGGACUCUCCCUUUCCCUUCCUAUUUUAUUUGUACAUUUGUUGUUGUUGUUUGGGGAUUACACCCAGGGUGCUCAGGGACUACUCCCAGCAUGUUGCCAGGUGAUGGAGGGGUCACUCCCUGAAGAGUUUAGGGAAUGCACCAUGCUGGGGUUGGAACCCAAACCCAGACUCUGGCAUGCAAAGCAUGCACUCCAACCCUUGAGCUAUCUAUCUCCCGGCCUGUGGGGGUGUCCCUUUUUAAUCAUCCAUUCAGAGUUUAUUUUUAUACAAACUUGGUUAUCAAAUGUCUGUGCAUUUCUGAACAGAGUGGUUGCCUAGAAGUCUGAUACCGUUGAC